AUGUCUGAAAACGCAUACAGCGGCGCCCUCUCUUCCGCCCAGGCGGAAGCAUGGAGCAAGUAUCUGCAGGAUGCUCCACCGUCUGCCUUCCCUCGCCGUUCUGACUUGUCAACCGCUCCUACCCCUGGAGCUCUCCUGCGUCGCAAGAUUGUCUUGCCGAAGAAGCGCAACUCAAAGGUUUCGGUUGAGGCCCUUAUUCAAACCGCUUGGUCACUGGUUAAUGUGUACUAUUCUGAUGCCGAGGACGUUGUCUUCGGUCUUGCUGUCAUGAACGAGGCCGAUGAGACCGAGAUUGAUGGCUCUGUCACAGCCAUCCCUUUCCGCUUCUGCAUGCAACCUGACCAGUCCGUUGUGACAUGUGUCAGAGCUGUUGAGGCCCACGACCUACCCAUGAUCUGCUCUGAGGGGUUGACACUCGACAGCAUCGCUAAGCUCGGGUCUGAUAUGCGCAAUGCCACCAAGUUCGACAACCAGCUUGUCAUUUGUGGCGAUGCUAUGAGCUCUGGAUCUGUUCAACUCGACCGUGCUGUCAACGUCGAGUGCACCCUGACUCGUAGCGGUGUUAUGGCUCAAGCCUUUUACGACUCGACCAUCAUCGAUCGUACCGAAAUGCAACGUGUACUAGGUACAUUCGAUAACGUUCUACAACAACUCUUUGAGCCUUCGAACAUGAUCAAGACUUUGGCAGAGAUCAAACCAAUCAGCACCGAGGACAUGGCUCAGGUCAAACUUUGGAACAAGGACGUCCCACAGGCCGUCGACGACUGUAUGCACCACUUGAUUCAGGGGCAGAUUGAGAUGAAUCCGGCAGCUGAGGCGAUCUGCGCUUUGGACAUCUCCAUUUCAUACAAACAGUUGGAUGAAAUGGCUGACAAGCUGGCCCAUUACCUGUUGGCUCAAGGUGUCAAGCCCGGCUCAAUUGUUCCUUUCAUGAGUGAGAAGAGCCCGUUGGUGAUUCCUGUUCUACUGGCGAUCAUCAGGAGCGGUGGUGCAUUUGUGCCAUUCGAUCCCGCUCAUCAGUGGGACGACACUGCUGGCCUCUUGGAAGCUUGCGAGGCCAAGUUCGUGAUCUGCUCACCUACCAGCGAGCAGAGGUUCAAAGAACACAACGUGACUGCCAUGGUGUUUGACAUGGCAUUCUUCGACAGUCUGCCACCCCUUGGGCCGGUCGCAAGUACUGUCUCUUCGCGGGACCCUGGUUAUGUAAUCUUCACAAGCGGCUCUACUGGCACACCCAAGGGCAUAGUCUGUUCGCACCGCGCUUGGUGCACAAAUACUUUAGCUCAUGGCCCGAGAGAGUUCUGUGAUACCGAGACUCGGCACCUACAAUUCGCCGCGUAUACCUUUGACAUCAGUAUCACCGAUAUUUUUACCACUCUAGCAUUCGGUGGCACAGUCUGCGUUCCAUCAGACCACGAAAAGAUGAAUGAUCUCCCCAACGCAAUCAACCGCAUGUCCGUCAAUCAUAUCGCCAUAACACCUACAGUCGCUCAGUUCUUACGUCCCGACAAUGUUCCAACCCUCAAAACACUUAUCACGGGAGGCGAGGCCAUGCCUGCUGAAUUCAUCAGCAUGUGGAGCGAGAAGGUCCAUUUGAUCAACUCAUAUGGACCGGCAGAAACCACUUCUCGUGUCUCUUGCUCCCUGAAAAAGCCCGGUGAUAUGGGUGGUAUCAUUGGCACAAACAUGGGCGCAGCUUUAUGGGUGACACAAAGCAAUGAUCCUGAGAAGCUUGUGCCUAUCGGUGCAAUCGGCGAACUCAUUGUUGACGGCCAUGUCCUUGCAGAUGGCUAUCUCAAGAAUGAGUCUAAGACGCGGGAGGCUUUCAUUGAUGCCCCUCGGUGGUUGACGGAUGCUUUCCCGGAUCGUGCGAACCGAAAGCUAUAUAGAACUGGUGACCUUGUUCAGCAGCAGUCAGAUGGUGCUUAUGCCUUCAUCGGAAGACGCGAUACGCAGAUCAAAAUUCAUGGCGUCCGUUUGGAGGCAGGCCACAUUGAGGCCAAGAUCAAGCAGGAACUUCCCGACAACUCCGAACUCGUUGUCGACAAGAUUGUGGUGGGACAAGAACGCCCUAAGCAGAUGCUUGCCGCUUUUAUCACCUUGCCCCAAAUCACACCAUUCGGAGAAUCCCGCGGAAUUGAACUGCUGGCUCCUGAUGCUACCACGUGCGAUAUUGUGUCCAAACUUCACAAGACGCUUCUCGCCCAGCUCCCAUCAUAUAUGGUACCCAACUAUAUUCUUCCACUGCGAGCUAUCCCACUGGGCACGACUGGCAAAGUUAACCGCAGAGGCCUGCAAUCAUUCGCUAGCAACUUGCCGACCGAGGCACUCAAUCAGUAUAACGGGACUUCCACUGGCGCUGUGGAGAAGCCGCGCGGAAAGACUGAAGUUGCUCUGAGCAGUCUUUGGGCGGACGUUCUUCAGGUAUCGUUGGAAGCUAUCAACCGCAACGACAGCUUCUUUUCUCUUGGUGGAGACUCGGUCCAAGCCAUGAAAUUGGUAUCAGAGGCUGGAGCAAUCGAGUUGCACUUCUCCGUUGCUGAUGUUUUCCAAUUUUCGACACUCUUGGAUCUUGCCCAGUUUCUUGACGGGCCAACCGCAAAACACGAAUCCAGUGCUAUUGAAGAGAUAGACGCGUUCGAGCUUAUCGGCGGCCCGAAUAAAUUCCGCACACUUCGCGAGCAGCUUUCUAAGUCAUACAAGCUGCCCGUGAACCGCGUCGAGGAUAUUUACCCAUGCCUCCCGAUGCAGGAGGGUAUGAUGGCCGAAAACAUCGGCUCGCCCGAAGCUUACAUCCUCCAAGAGGUCCUCAAAUUGGCUGGAAACAUCGAUCUCCGUCAACUUGAAGCCGCACUUGAGACCAUUGUUGAAGCCUAUCCUAUACUGAGGACGAGAAUCAUGCCCUUGAAGCAGCUCGGUACUUGCCAGGUCGUCAUGACGGACGACGAGCCUGUUGAGAUCGAAUUUGAUGUUGAUCUUGUUUCGUUCCUCGCCAGAGACAAGAAGAACCACAUGGACUAUGCAGACAACCUCAGCCGAUUCGCUAUCAUACAGGAGCCCUCUGGUGACCGCUACCUUGUUUGGACGGCACAUCAUGCUAUCACCGACGGAAGCAUGCAUCAGGACAUCUUGAGGCGUCUUGAACUGGCUUACAAUGAUGACUCUAUCCCGGAAACUAUCCAGUUCAACCAGGUUAUCAAGUUUCACUCCGACAAACAACCCGAAGACGCCAACAAGUUUUGGGCAAGUCAAUUCGCUCAAUGGGACGGUACUCACUAUCCUGAAUGUGACGAUACUUACGAGCCUUCGGUGAGCCAGUACGUCAACCGCCGCGUCAACUUGCCCAUGAAAGCAUCAGGAUUUACUCCUUCCAUAAUGCUUCGAGCAGCUUGGGCUCUUGUUCUCUCUCAGCUCAGCAAUCAAAACGACGUUGUGAUGGGUAUCACUCAAUCAGGACGAGACAUUCCUCUCCCUGGCGUUCAUGAGUGCCUGGGACCUUUGCUCGCAACUGUCCCACUCCGCGUUUUGGUGGACGUGGAACAGUCUGUGGCAAAUUUUCUGAAGCAGUUGCAAUCCCAGUACAUCGAUAUAAUUCAGUACCAACACACAGGAAUGCAGCAUCUUCGCAAGGCUAGCAGGGAGAGUGCGGCGGCUGUAGGCUUCCACAACCUCCUAGUUGUACAACCCGCGAGCCACAACACUUCGAAACUGUUCACUCCUGAUGAGUCGCGUAACUCUGGAGAUCAGCUUAACUUCGCAUUGCUCUUAGAGUGCAUUCUUGCCACUGGUGAAGUUAACAUCCGCGCUGGAUUUGAUGAGAAACUAUUGUCAGUGAAUGAUGCGGAUUUGCUAGUACAACGUAUGGAGCAUGUGUUCUAUCAACUCAGCAAUAAGAGCAGCAUAGACCUGCCGAUCAAAGGCCUCUCACUCGUCAGCCCUGCCGACAUGAAGACUUUAGAAGCCUUCAAUCCCGAUGUCGACUACCUCGAACAGUGCAUGCACUGGAUGAUCGAGGACCAGGCACGCCUUCGACCCAAUGCACCUAUGAUUGAUUCAUGGGACGGAAAAUUUACCUACGCAGAAGCGAACGAGUACUCUGACAGACUGGCUGCAGUGUUGGUGGACCUUGGUGUUGGACCAGAGACUCCUGUGCCUUUCGCAUUCGAGAAGUCUGCCUGGGCCAUUAUUGCAAUUCAUGCCAUUAUGAAAGCUGGAGGCGCUUGCGUUGCUCUCGAUAUGGCACACCCUCGAGCCAGACAUGAGAAAAUCAUCGCUGAUACCGAGGCACGCGUGAUUGUUGCUUCAACCAAACAUGCUGGUAACAUUGACCUUGUUCCUCAUGUCAUCGCAGUCGAUCGACGCGCACUAGACAAGUUACCUCGGCGACCAGCACAAUCCCGCACCCGUGUUUCUCCCAAGAAUCCUGCCUGGGUCGUGUACUCAUCAGGAUCCACUGGAAUGCCUAAAGGCUCAAUCCUUGAGCACCGGUCUCUCUGCACCACUUCCCGUACCAACUCUGAGAUCUUGGGAGUCGGCCCCACGACGCGAGCCAUUCACUUUGCUUCCUAUUCCUUUGAUGUUGCCAUUGAGGAUACUAGCAUCAUUCCUAUGUUGGGCGGCUGCAUUUGCAUUCCCAGCGACGAAGAGCGUCUUAAUGACCUGCCAGGUGCAAUGCGACGAAUGAAUGUCAACUGGGCCGAUCUUACUCCAACUGUGGCUGGUAUGCUGAACCCCGAGAAUGUCCCGUGCCUCAGAAGACUCAUACUUGGAGGCGAGUCAAAUACGAGGGACAUUAUCGAUACAUGGGCAAACCACCCUGGCUUUGCUUUGAUCAACACUUACGGCCCCUCCGAAUGCAGCGUCCAAUGUUCCUCUAGCAAAGCUCUCUCUGGGGAAGCGACUGGAGCUAACAUUGGAUUUGCUGUGAACUGCAAACUCUGGGUUGUUGAUCCCGAUACUUUGCAGCUAUUGCCUGUUGGCUCCAUCGGUGAACUUCUUGUUGAAGGGCCCAUUGUCGCCAGAGGUUACUUGAAGGAAGAAGCAAAAACAAAGGCUGCAUUUCUAAGCGACCUUGCUUGGGCACCUGGCCGAUACUUUUACAGAACCGGCGAUAUCUGUAAAUAUAAUCUUGACGGCUCGCUUGACUGCCUCGGCAGAAGCGACAGCCAAGUCAAGCUCUACGGCCAGAGAAUCGAGCUUGGCGAGAUUGAGCAUAACAUCAAGAAGCAUAUGAGUAACCCCGAUGCUGCUCAGAUCGCUGUUGAAGCUUUUGCUCCCAGUGGCGCAUCCGGCCGUAAGCUCCUGGCCGCCUUCGUGCAAUUCGCCACCGCCAGCUCUUCAGAGAUGAACGUAAUGGAGAUGACCGAAGCCCUUCGUACCGAGCUUGCGGAAAUCAAGACUAAGACUUAUGGAAGCGUUCCCGAGUACAUGGUUCCAUCGCUGUUCGUUCCUAUGAUUAGCCUACCCAUGAAUACGUCCGGCAAGAUUGAUCGCAAGAAGUUGCGCGGCGAGGCCGCAAACUUCGACCAGCAGCAGCUUGCCGUAUACUCACUUUCGCAGGCAACGGAUGCUUCUGACAAAGUUGCUUUGUCUUCGGACACUGAAAGGGUUCUUGCAGGUCUCUGGGCUGACGUACUCCACAUCAACUUGUCACAAGACCCCAUCGGUGCGAACGACAGCUUCCUGGAGCGUUCCGGGGAUUCUAUUAGUGCAAUGCAGCUUGUUGGCAAAGCACGAGCUGCCGGCCUUGCUCUCUCAGUACCAGUCAUUCUCAAGUCACCUAAGCUUGCAGAUAUGGCUUUGGUGGCCAAGCGUAUCAACGGCGUGGAACUCAAAGUCCCAGCCAUUGCUUUGCCUAGGCUGGUCGCGAAGCCUACCGUCCCUGCCGCUAAUCCUAUUAUCGAAGUCAAAGCCACCCCUAUUGUCGGAGUCACAAAGCCUGUCGAGGCUGACAAGCCGGAUGCGACAACCGGCAAGUCAUUACCUGUACUGUCACCAUUCCAGAUCGUGUCCGCCAAGGCGAUGGCCUCGGAGACUCUGGAGCUGAUCAGCAAGAACUAUCAGCUUAACCGCGAGCUCAUCGAAGAUGUUUACCCUACCACUCCUCUUCAAGAAGGGUUAGUUGCAAUGACAGCCACUGAUGGUUCCAGCUAUGUUCUUAGAGAUAUCUAUGAACUCCCUGCAGAUAUCGACGUUGCCAAGUUUCAAGCUGCUUGGAAUGCUGUUGCCCGUAACGACAAUAUAUUCCGAACCAGAGUUGUUUUUGUUGAGGGCUUGGGCUCUUGCCAGGUGGUUAUUGACGAGAAUCUUCAGUGGCAAUCUGCUACUGAUCUGGAGACUUACCUGGCUCAAGACAGAGCGGAGUCUAUGGGCUACGGCACUCCGUUAGCACGAUAUGCUAUUGUCGAUGAUGGAAAAACGAGGAAAUUCGUAUGGACUGUCCACCAUGCACUUUAUGAUGGUUUCUCGAUGGGCCUUACUUUUGCAGCAGUUGAUCAUGCCUACAACAAUGAUCUUACAGUUUCUCGCUCGCGACCAUUCCGGGACUUCAUUGAGUGCUUGCAGAACGUCGAGAAGGAGGCUUCUGACAUUUUCUGGCAAAAUCAGCUCCAAGAACUGGAGACAGCUCCAUUUCCUCAGGCGCCUACCGGUCACCACUGCCAGGCUAACAAUACAAUUUCCUACUCUAUCCCGUUCGCGGUGGAUCGCAAGGCGGGCUUCACAAUUGCAACGAUGCUGAAAGCUGCCUGGUCUAUUGCAAUCUCGAGAUUAUCCGACUCUUCUGAUGUCGUCUUUGGUGUUACUCAGUUUGGUCGUGACCUCGACUUGGAUGAGGUCGAAACCGUGAACGGACCCACCAUCACGACCGUGCCAGUCCGUGUGAAGGUUGAUCCGCAAUCGACGGUCAAGGAAUUCCUAAGCAAUGUUCAGAACCAAGGUUUCGACAUGAUUCCAUUUUCUCACGCUGGUCUACAGAAUAUCAAGAAGAUCAGUGAAGCUACACGUGCUAGCUGUGAGUUUCAAAAUCUCCUGGUCAUACAGCCAGGCGAGGAAGAAGAGGAAUCAAUGCUGUUCAAGAAACAUCAGAAUGCCACCACCGCCAACUAUUUGAGUGGAUUCGGUAUCGUCGUCGAAUGCGCACUCGGCGUUGGCGAGGUGACCUUCUCGGCCCACCACGAUUCAGCCAUCAUCUCUGCACUCCAAGUCGAAAGGCUUCUCUGCCAAUAUGAGCACCUGUUGAAUCAGCUGCAAGUUCAAACCGGCAAGAUCAUUGAAGUCGAUAUGUUCUCUUCUGCGGAUCGUGCCGAUAUCUCUGCCUGGAACAGCAACUACCCGAAAAUCAUCAACAAGACCAUGUCCGAUAUCAUUGUCCAGCAAGCAGCUGCUACCCCUUCAGCCCCCGCAAUUGCUACAAGGAGUAUUAACUUGACCUAUAAGGAGAUGGAUGACCUCACCAAUCAUCUUGCCCAUCAACUUCAAGCACUUGGCGUCGGACCAGAGAAGAUUGUACCCAUUUGCUUUGAGAGGAGCCCCGAGGCGAUUCUAUCGAUGAUUGCGAUUCAGAAAGCAGGAGGCGCCUUUGUGCCUUUGAACCCCACGGAUCCUACUGAUCGAUUACUUGAUUUGAUUGAUCAGGUCGAAGCUAAAGUGGUCAUUUUCUCGGAGCAAACAAGGCAUCUCACCGCCGCUUUGGCUGCGAGCAAGAUUCACCCAGUCGUCCUGCCCCAAAAGAUCUCUGGGUGGGGUCCUCUUAAGUCAAGUCCUGUUGUCUCUGCUGCAAACCAGACUAAUUUGGCAUAUGCACUGUUCACUUCUGGCUCGACUGGUCGACCAAAGGCAGUCAUGAUACACCACCAAUCCGUCACUUCGAGCACCUAUGGCCAUGGUGUUGCUAUGGGUUUCGCAGAUUACCCCCGACGGACCCUGCAAUUCGCAACUUACACAUUUGAUGCCUGUAUCGCCGAAAUCUUCACAGCCCUACACUUCGGUGGUUGCAUAUGUAUCCCAACCGAGCACGAACGCAUGAAUGAUCUUCCCAAGUUCAUUCGUGACUUCCGAUGCGACUGGGCAUUCUUCACCCCAUCUUUCGUUCGACUACUCAAACCAGAGGACAUUCCUUGCUUGAAGACCGUUGUUCUUGGUGGUGAAGCUCUCAACCAAGAGUGUGUUGAUAUUUGGGGCGAUAAGGUUCACUUGAUGAACGGAUACGGCCCGACAGAGACGUGUGUAUUCACCGUCACCCGUACAGUCCCUGGGCCCAAGAGUACCGAGAAAAUCCACCCUGCAGCAACGAUCGGUCAUCCUGUGAGCUCUAUCGGCUGGGUGGUAGAUGCGAAGAACUACAACUCACUCACUCCGGUCGGCUGCCCUGGCGAGCUAUUGAUUCAGGGGCCGAAUGUAGCAAGAGGCUACCUGAAGAAUCCUGAUAAGACUGCAGAAUCAUUUGUCUCCAGCCCCAAGUGGCUCAGGGCUUUUGGGCACACAAAAUCUGAGCUCCUCUACCGAACUGGAGAUCUCGUUCGACAGGAUGUUGAAACUGGAAUGCUAACUUACCUUGGAAGAAUUGAUGGCCAAGUCAAGAUCAACGGACAGAGACUGGAGCUUGGCGAGAUCGAAACCCGUCUCAAGGCGCAAGGUACCAAUGUUGAGUCCUCUGUCGUUAUUGCAGGCAGAACCAAGGCCGAUAAGAAACAAACUCUGGCGGCAUUUGUUGAGUUUACAGAUGCUCCCGGGACGUCGGAUAGCAUCAAGAUGGAUAUGAGCGACUCGAUGCGCACCAGGAUGCGCGAUCUGGAGUUCUCUAUGCGGGCAACCAUGCCCAAAUAUAUGGUGCCUUCGCUUUGGAUCCCCGUCAACUACAUGCCAAUCCUCCCAGCUAGUGGCAAGACCGACAGGAAGACCCUAACCACACUUUUCAAGAAUAUGGACUAUGAACAAGUUGCAAAGUAUACACUGGAGGCGGCAGAAGAGCUUGAUGAAGCCCGCGAGGCUUCAACAGACAUGGAGAAGACAAUCUUGGAGCUUGUUGCUCAGGCUUUGGGCCGAGACCCCUCCACCAUUCAUGCCAAUGAUAGCUUCCUGAGGGUCGGUGGCGACAGUAUCUCAGCUAUUUCCCUUGUGUCGAAUGCCAGGUCAAUGGGCAUCACCCUUUCGACCGAGCAAAUAUUCCGACAACCGCGCAUUUGCGACAUGGCAAUCAAUGCUGUACAAGAUGGAAGGACACAGUCAGAACCAGCCAUGGCUAUACUUCCGUUCUCCCUCAUACCAGAAGAGCAGAAGUCGGAUCUUUUGGCCAUGGUUAAGAGUCAAUAUGGCAUUGAACAGGACUCGGUUGCCGAUCUCCUUCCACCAACUCCGCUGCAGGAAGGUCUGGUCACAUUGACCAUCAAAGACAAGGAAGCAUAUGUGCUUCGCGAAAUCUACCGUCUACCCUCUAAGUUGGACAUCAACCGUUUCAAGGCAGCUUGGGAGGCAGUAGUGCAGGAUGCGGGCAUCCUCCGUACAAGAAUUGUGAACCUCGGCGACUAUGGAUGCUUUCAAGUGGUCAUGCGCCAGUCUCUUGAGUGGCACUCGGCUAAGCGUGUUCAAGAGUACAUUGACUAUGACAAAGACCAGCUUUUCGGUUACGGUGUACCUCUUGCUCGCCUUGCACUUGUUGAGACAGAGUACACCGGAUGCUACUUCGUCUGGUCGAUCCACCACGCUUUAUACGAUGGUUGGAGCAAGGGCCUCAUUAUGAAACAGGUUGAGGAAGCAUACCGCGGUUCUUCUCCGCAGCCAGGCUUGAGUACUAUUCCUCCUUUCAACCGCUUCAUUGCAUAUCUUCAAGAUACCGAUGCUGCUGAGGCUCAAGCUUUCUGGAAGGCACAGUUUGCAGGUAUGGAGGCUCAAUCUUACCCACGUCUGCCUACUGCCUCCUUCGACCCCAUCCUCGACAAGACACUUACAAUCCGCGUUCCUCUUGCCCGUAAAAGUGGAUCGUCCUUCACCACUGGUACUAUCCUUAAAUCUGCUUGGGCACUGGUCCUUGGCCGCUACACCGGCGCCGGCGAUGCUCUGUUCGGGUGCAUCCAAGCUGGUCGCAAUGUCCCUAUUGAUGGUAUCUCUGACAUGAUUGGGCCUACUAUCACUACGGUGCCGCUCCGUGUGAAGCUCGACAGCGAAACUACGGUGACCAAAUUCCUUCAGGCUGUGCAAGAUCAAUCUACCGAUAUGAUCAGGUAUGAGCACAGUGGUCUGCAGAACAUCGCCAAGAUGGGCAACGAAUGCCGCGAUGCUUGUGCGUUCACCAACAUCAUGGUCAUCCAGCCUGGUAACCAGCCCGAGUCUGAUUUUGUCGGUGCUCAGCGAAUUGAAGACCAAGAUAAGGGCUUCCUUCGAUUUGGGAUGGGUCUUGAGUGCACGCUAAGGUCUUCAUCUAUCGAGGUGACGGGUGGCUACGACCAAAGGCUUAUGUCUGAGGCGCAGAUGCGACGCCUCCUGCAUCAACUCAAGACGGCGAUUCAUGAACUCAAUAACGAACCCGAGGAGUUUGUUGGCAACAUUGACAUUGUCAGCUCUGAAGACAUGGCUGAGAUGGCUGUGAUGAACGAGAGUAUGCCCGAUGAUAUACAUGAGUGUACUCACGACGUUAUUCAUCGCACGGCACUUGAGCGUUCGGAUUCAAUGGCUGUAAAUGCUUGGGAUGUCGAUUUUCAGUACGGUGAGCUCGACCAAUUAUCCACCAAGCUUGCAAACCAUCUGCGUUCGCUGGGUGUUGGCCCCGAAACCAUCAUUCCGCUCUGCUUCGAAAAGAGUGGUUGGGCUGUUGUAGCUGUAUUGGGUGUCAUGAAGGCUGGCGCAGCCUUCGUGUUUUUAGACCCGGCUUACCCCAUGGCUCGUCUCGACGAGAUUGUUUCACAGGUUGAGGCGAAGGUCGUCCUUUCGUCCCUCGACCAAGCUCCUCUUUGGAGGGGUUCCAGCGUACGAGUGCUUGUUGUGGACAACGUCUCAAUCGAAUCGCUGCCCUCAGUUCCCUACCGCGCCGACACUGGCGUCACCCCUGAGAACGCUCUGUAUGUCAUUUUCACAUCUGGAAGCACAGGAAAGCCCAAAGGAUGUGUCAUCGAGCAUCAUUCCUUCCUGACCUGUGCCAGAGCUCAGGCUGCUCGCUCGCAGAUGACACCUUCUUCUAGAGUGCUUCAAGGCGCCUCCUACAGUUUCGACGUGUCUGUCAUGGAGAUGCUCACAGCUCUGUCGGUAGGAGCAUGUGUUUGUGUGCCUAACGAGCGCAUCAAGAAGCGAAGCGUGGUUGAUGUCAUCAACGAUUUCCGGAUUACCUGGGCAUUCCUGACGCCUUCCAUCGUAAAGUUUAUCAAGCCUUCUGACAUACCCCACAUCAAGACGCUCAUUCUGGGUGGCGAAGCCCUCACUACUCAGAACAUUCAGACUUGGGCUGGACACGUCAACCUGAUCAACGGUUAUGGACCCACGGAGUGUACCAUCGCAGCAACUGCGAACGCGAUUACCGACCCCAACGAGGAUCCUGCCAACAUCGGUAAAGCGCUUGGCGGUAUCUGCUGGAUCACAGAUGCAGAUGACCACAACAAACUCGCGCCGCUUGGUACCAUUGGAGAGCUUGUGAUUGAAGGCAACAUCGUUGCCCGAGGAUACCACAACAACCCCGAAAAGACAAACGAAGUAUUUAUUGAGAAUCCAACAUGGGCUAUAUCAUCCAGUGGCAAAGUCAGAAGAUUCUACAAGAGUGGUGAUCUGGCUUACUUCAACACCGAUGGGUCCAUCAUGUUCAUGGGUCGCAAGGAUACACAAGUCAAGGUCCGUGGUCAGCGAAUGGAACUCGGAGAGAUCGAAACGCACCUCACUCUCAACAAGAACAUUCAGCACGCCAUGGUUAUGUACCCUAAGACCGGCCCAUGCAAACGCCAACUUGUUGGUAUUGUUUCUAUCGCCAAACUUGGUGCCACGACCAACUCCAAUGCUGCCAUCGAGCUAAUUAGCACGGAGCUCACCGCCAACGCUUCCACCGAGCUAGGAGAUAUCAGCAAGAAGCUUUCGGCUUUGGUGCCUUCUUACAUGGUACCUUCAGUAUGGAUUGUUGUGCACAGUUUCCCCCUCCUGAUUUCUGGCAAGCUCAACCGAAAGCGCGUUGAGCAAUGGCUAGGAACGAUGGACCAAGCGACUCACCAGAGGAUCUGCGGUAUUGGCGAGACGAUUCGAGUCCAGGCGCCUUCUACUCAGGUCGAACAACAGAUCCAUCAGGUCUGGGUUGACGUCUUGAAGCUUCCUGCAGAAGAAAUCGGCGUCACUCAAGACUUUGCUACUCUCGGUGGUGACAGUAUUCUUGGAAUGCAAGUAGUCGCCAAACUGCGAAGCCAGGGCUUCCAAUGCACGAUGACUGAUGUCGCCAAUGCUCGCACCAUCUCUCAGUUGGCAGCGCGUAUUGCUAGAGGCGGCAACCUUGUUGCAGUUCCAGCGGCUCAGGUUGAAGAUACUACUGACGAGCUCUUUGAUCUCACACCGGUCCAGCAAUUCUACGCCAACUUUACCUUGAAGGGCGACUAUUUGUCGAAACAGACCAAUAAGAGGUUCAACCACACGUUCUGCCUAGGAGUCAAAGAGCCUCUUUCUCCAGCCGUGGUAAACAAGGCGCUGGAGGCAUUGGUCGAUCGCCACUCAAUGCUCCGUGCUCGCUUUCAGAAGGACCAGUCUGCCGCAUGUGGCUGGAAGCAGUACAUUUCGAGCAAUAUCGUCGAUUCGUACCGUUUCAAUUCUUGGGAUGGUGUAAGUGCUGAGGAGGUCAAGCCUGUCAUUGAGCAGCACCGCCAAGGGCUCGACAUCGAGAACGGUCCCAUUAUGGCCGUUGACCUCGUAUCGAACAAGAAGGAACAGCACUUCUACAUUGUCGCCCAUCAUUUAGUUGUGGAUCUCGUUUCCUGGAACACUAUCCUUCGUGACCUUGAGGAAUAUAUCCGUACUGACACUUUCACUUCCGAGAAGCCUUACCCAUUUUCUGCUUGGGCUAAGCAGCAAAAGGAGUACGCGACCAAAAACUUCUCGCCUGAGAAAGCACUCCCAAUGCGUGUGCCCAAGGCCGACUUGAAUUACUGGGGAAUGGAGGAUCGUAUCAACAUCUUCCGUGAUGCCAAUCAUCACACGAUCACUCUAACAGAGCGCGACACUGCAGCACUUCUGACUAACUGCCAGAAGGUCUACGGUGCUGAACCUAUGGACAUCCUCUGCUCCACCCUUUCACACUCCUUCAACUACGUGUUCCGCGACCGUGCUGCACCAACGAUCUUCCGAUACAACCAUGGUCGUGAGCAGAUUGGCAAUGCUGAUCCUAGUGGGACAGUGGGAUGGUUCACAACUCUGUCGCCUAUCCACGUUCCCAUUCAAAGUCGCGAUGACAGUGUUUCUGUGCUUCGGCGAACAGUCGAAAUGCGCAAGAAGAUUCCGAUGAACGGCCUUGGGUACUUCGCAUCGCGGUAUCACCAUCCAGGGGGUGAAGCCGCGUUCGCUGGACAGCUCGAGAACAUGGAGGUCUCAGUUAACUACCUCGGUGUAUCCGACAAUCAGCAGCGAAGCAACAGUGCAUCCAUCUUCGACAUGAGCAACUCCAUCGAAAACGGCCUGGGCGCUGAGGGCCAGGAAGUCAAGGGAUUCAGCUUGUUCGCGCUCAAUGCCGAAGUCCAGGGCGGUCGCCUCAAUGUUCACUGCGCCUGGAAUAAGAACAUGCGCGGGCAAGACCAGAUCCAGCAAUGGUUCAAGACCUACGAGAGAGCACUGAAGGACGUCGCCUACAGGGCGAAGAGGGGUCAGCCGGCAAGAAGGCACAGCAAGAGCAAGCAGGGCACUUCUUCCUCCUCGCGGACACUGCUAAAGCCUGUCCAGCUUGGUCGUGUGCAAUCUGGCCGCCGAAGAUUAUCAAGGAAGGUUUCUAUUGACCACAGACUCGCUGUUCCAAGGCUUGUCUAG